GGGAAAUAACUAUAAAAGUAAGUUCUCGUAUUUGCUAGGUCAAGAAAGAAAUUCCAGAAAUUUUCUUUCAACUUCAUAUAAAAACUGAGAAAUAGACUGUAAACAAAAGACUAUGAGAUAGCCUAACUGAUAUAUGAACCUGUUUGUCUUUAAAAUCUUUCUAUAAAAAGAAAUUGUGCCAAAUACUGUAAAAAAUGUAUGACAUUAUUAUCUUAAAAGAAGGUUACACCCAACUGGAGUCACAAGGAACUAUAAGAUCAUGUGGCAGCAUCACGCUACUGAAAGGUCCCCGCUACAACAUAAUUGUUGACACUGGCAACCCCUGGGAUAGGGACUUACUGCUUCAAGGUUUGAAUGACCAGGGUUUGAAACCUGAAGACAUCCACUAUGUUGUUUGUUCACACGGACAUUCAGAUCACGUGGGGAACCUCAACCUCUUCCCUGCAGCUGUGCACUGUGUGGGCUUUGAUAUUUGUCGACAUGAUCAGUACUUACUGCAUGAGUUUAAGGAGGGCAUACCUUAUGAAAUCGAUGAGGAUGUAGAAAUCUGGCCAACACCUGGUCAUACAGGGAGUGAUGUGUCUGUGUUGGUAAAGAAGACAAAUCUUGGAACAGUCGCAGUCGUUGGUGACUUGUUUGAGUGUGAGGCUGACCUUGACUGCCCCUCCCUUUGGCAAGAAAACAGUGAGCGGCCACAUCUCCAGGAACAGAGCAGGAUCACCAUAUUGGGGGUGGCUGACUUUAUCAUACCAGGACAUGGACCUAUGUUUCAGGUCCCAGAAGAAUAUAAAAGUCAGAUGAGGGUGGUCAUGCUUAUGGAGGAGCACUUCAGCUCUCCUCAGAUGACAUCAUCCACUUCAGAAUGCAAAGAUGUUUCCUCCCCGCAGUAAAGAAUGAACCACAUGCCCAAACCGGGAGUGUCUCAGAAAGUCGUGUCGCACAUUGUGAUGGUGGAAUAACUGGUUAAAGCCACUGCUACAGUUGGUCAGUAACAGCAAUUGUAAUACUAUCUGUGUAUUUUUUAUUUUUUUUGUAGUGAAAACCUUACAUUUAUUUCAUUGGAAAAGGUGGGGGGAAAAAUUAUCAGCCCAGCCCAGCUAUCAUUUUUAUCAGACAUCAUUUUAAUAUAGCUAUUUUGUUUGACUUUAAUGGUACAUUAUCACAUUUGAUAAAAUGCAGUAAAUCAGGCUCUGAUAAAUUUCAAAAUUCAUAUGGGGGGGAGGGAGGGUUGUGAACAUGUUAUCAUUCCUUUAGAACUACACAAAUAUUGAUUGAAAUUUUUUUUUUUGUAAAGCAAUUUUUCUUUGUAGAAAUUCAUUUAUUAUAAUAGUGUAAACAUCUGACUGACUGCAUUUAGAGACAACUGUAGAUUUUAAAAAAUGUGUAAUUAUGUUGUAUUGAAAAUGUUACAAUAAACAUUUUGGAUUUAAUUUUUGUGGUCAAGACAGUAAUGUAUUCAAAGUGUAAAAUGGAUAAUGAUAAUUAAAGCAUCUUGGCACUUAUUUAGUCCUCUGUUGUAGCAACUAACAUCCCAAGAUUUAUUUGUGCUUUGUUCACUCAUGACCUUCUCAGCGUGUAGAUCAUCAAAUUAAUAUU